AUGAUUUCUCCAAUGAUUCAAAAAGAUAUUGUGAGUGCAUGUAAAAUAGAGACCGUUAAAGCUAUUCUUGAGAAAUUAAAUGGUGAUUACUUUGCCUUGCUAGUUGAUGAAUCCUUUGAUGUGUCACGCAAGGAGCAAAUGGCUAUUGUAUUUCGGUAUAUUGAUAAAAAGGGAUUUGUGAUGGAGCGACUUAUUGACAUUGUUCAUGUUCAAGAUACUAGUGCUUCAUCUCUAAAGGAGGCAAUUGUUAGUUUACUUGCUCAACAUUCUUUGAGUCCAUCAAGUGUGCAUGGAAAAUGUUAUGAUGGGGCAAGCAAUAUGCAAGGUGAGAUCAAUGGCCUUAAAAUAUUGAUUAGGCAAGAAAGUAGAUCGGCUCAUUCCAUCCAUUGUUUUGCUCAUCAACUUCAACUAACUCUUGUUGGGGUCUCUAAAAAGUAUGUUGAAGUGGGAAAACUUGUAGUAUUGGUCUCAAAUAUUUUAAAUGUAUUGGGAUCUUCUUUUAAAUGUAUGGAUGAAUUACGUGAUUCUCAAAAAGAAAUAAUUAAAGAGGCAUUAGAUAUGGGUGAACUUACAACCGGUAGGGGAUUGAAUCAACAACUUGGUCUUUCAAGAGCUUGUGACACUCAUUGGGGAUCUCAUUACAAAUCCUUUAAUAAUUCUAUUAUUAUGUUUGGCUCUAUUCUUGAUGUUCUUGAAUCACUUGAUCUUGAUGCACUAAAUUUGGAUGAAAGAGCUAAGGCAAUGGGAUAUCUCGAAGCUUGCCGAACAUACAAGGUUGCGUUCAUGUUGCAUUUGAUGAGAAAUGUCUUAGAAAUUACAAAUGAGCUUAAUAAAUGCUUACAAAAAAAGGAGCAAGAUAUUGUAAAUGCCAUGCUACUUAUUGAAGUAGAAAAGAGAAGGUUGCAAGUUUUAAGGGAUGAUGAAUGGGGCUCUCCUAUUGCUAAGGUAUCUACGUUUUGUAUCAAACAUGAUGUUUUGAUACCUAAUUUUGAGGAGCCAUAUGUUAGCUCUUUAAGAUCAUGA